UGCCAGAACCAGCAAGCCUCUUGUCGUCGGAGUGCACGCGGAGCUCGUGGUAGAGAAUACGACCCACGUUGAUCGUAUUUUGAUUAUCGGAGUGCAUAAAUCAAUUUACAUUUGCUGCGAGGGACUUCGCUUCCGGGUUGGUAGGAGUUUAUCCUGGCCUGCUUCGGUCCGUCCCGUCCCAAACCCCGCAGUUGGCAUAGGAAAGUAGCGCACUACUUCCGGGUGGCCAUUUUUCACGCUUCGUUUAAUUCAAUUUCGACUCCGCACCGUUCCCGAUUCUGUCGUUCGAUUCCGGGCAGCCUUGGAGGACCAACCAUCGAGCGGGUGUGUUUGUGUGUGGGCGUAAAAAUAAUGAGCCUUCGUCCGUCUGUGGCAAAACCGGUGACGAAAUUGACGAUAAUGACGAUGAGGACGAUGAUGAUUGGGAUUUUCUGGUUGGCCAUUAUAUUCUCAUUAUCGGCCGGACAAGAAAUUGAUUUCGGCUUCGAAUCGAACAAAGAAUCGGCGGUCGGCGACGGUGCCGAUGAUAAAUUACAAGUGUCAAUUUAUUACGAAGCACUUUGCUCCGACAGCUUCUCAUUUAUCACGAAUCAGCUAUUCCCGGCUUGGCAAAAGCAUCGCGACCAAAUGGACCUGAAGUUGGUUCCCUUCGGGAAGGCUUACAUUGAUGACUCCAAUCCGGGCGACCCGGUUUACUACUGCCAGCAUGGUCGCCGCGAGUGCACCCUAAACAUCCUUCAUGGAUGCAUCCUGGCGAAGCUUCCAUUCGAGCGGGCCUUCCCCGUGGUGGCCUGUUUGAUGAAAGGCACACGAACGUCCUUUGAUCAGUGCAUCAAGUGGAAUCCAGCGGACAAAGCUGACAUCCUAGAGUGUUCCCACGGUCAAGAGGGUGCUAAGUUAUUCAAGGGUUUUGAAGAGGAAACCAAUCGGGUUGCAACGCCGCUGUCGUUCGUCCCGUCGAUUGAAGCCGAUAAGAACUUCGACUAUUAUGAGCAAGAUCGAUGGCUGCACGGAUUUGACGACAAAUUCCGCAGGGAGUAUGAAAGGAAGUUUCGUAGAAGCUUGAACUGACGAGGUUGGAUUGGAUGGCACCUCUUUCGUUUGU